AUGUUGCAAAGAUUAAUACGGCCGCAGAGCGGUCUCCGUGCGUCAUCGGCCAUUUUCAAGGCCAGUCUCCCUCGAUUUCAAUACCGCAGUCUCCAUCGAGUCCCCCAAUUGGCGAACGAGCGAAUCUUUAGAGAACAUGGCAUCUCCGAGUUCAUGUCCCCCGAGGCCUUCGACUUUGCCUGGACACAGUACCAAUCGCUGUUAGUGGACAAGUUGAACUUGAUGACACAAGAUACGGCCGAUGCGGAUUUGGACACUCUCGCUCUUGUCAAGAAAUACGCUAAAAGGCGCGAAACCGCUCAUUUAUUCAACUAUGCCUCUAUGGCCCACAACAAUCACUUCUUCUUCCACCGUCUUUCCCCCGUCAAAGUCCCCAUCCCCGAGAAACUAGCCUCCGACAUGAAUGACAGUGCAUCAUCCCCCGAGUCCCUAAAACAGGACUUCCUCGCCACCGCCAGCGCCCAAUUCGGCCCUGGAUUUGUCUGGCUCGUCUCUCAAAAGCAAAACGGUCUCCUCCGAAUCCUAUCCACCUAUAACGCCGGUACCCCCUACCCCGAGGCUUUUGCGCGACAACAAGGAGUGGACAUGAACAACGAACCUGCUCCAUCAACCAGACGAUCAAGCAACGAUACUAUUAGCUUCCUUGGUCUCCCCGCGUCCGGUGAAAACACCCAUGAGCUCGCGCCCGGCGGAACGCCGCUUACCCCAUUGCUCUGCGUGAAUACGUGGGAGCACGUCUGGAUGAUGGACCACGGUAUCAGUGGUAAAGACGAAUAUCUGGAGAGAUGGUGGGAUAGGGUCGAUUGGAACGCGGUGGAGGAUGCACACAAGGCUGCACAGGGAUACGGCCCGAAGUUCAAUCAGCGAUCUCUGUAG